UGUUUCAAACACCCACAUGGUGCAAUGGCUGCACAGCAGCAGCAGACCUUCACACCUUAAGGCCGCCUUCAGCCCCGAGGGGCUCAAACCGCUGGCGAGGAUGAGGGGACUGCUCGCUAUCGCUGCACUGCUGGUGGCCGUGCACGGAAAGGAGACCUUUGAGGGGCAUCAGGUGCUUCGAGUAAGUGCUAAAGACAAUGUCCAGCUGUCCCUGAUCAAGGACCUGGAGGACCUGGUGGAGCUGGACUUCUGGAGGGGGGCGACUCAUGUGGACUCCCCCGUGGACGUCAGAGUUCCCGUCCAAAUCCUGCAGGCGGUCAAAUCCUACCUGGACACUUGGGACAUUGAGUACGCCAUCAUGAUCGAGGACUUGCAGAUGCUGCUGGAUGCGGAACAGGAACAGAUGAGGUCUACGGAUCCAACUGAUGAACCCAGGAGCACCGACGACUUCGACUUCUCCAGGUAUCACACCCUCCGCGAGAUCUACAGCUUCCAGGACAUGCUGGUGGCUGAGAAUCCAAACCUGGUCAGUAAGGUGGUGAUCGGUCGGAGCUUCGAGGGACGGCCCCUCAAUGUCCUCAAGUUCAGCACCGGUGGAUCCAACCGGUCCGCCAUCUGGAUCGACACUGGGAUCCACUCCAGAGAGUGGGUCACUCAGGCCUGCGGCACCUGGUUCGCCAAGCAGAUCGUGAAGGACUUCGGACGUGAUCCCGUUCUCACCGCCAUCCUCAACGGGACGGACCUCUUCCUGGAGACCGUGACCAACCCCGAUGGGUUCGAGUACACCCACACCAGAGAUCGUCUGUGGCGUAAAACCAGGAAGCCCACGCGAGGCUCCAGGUGUGUGGGAGUAGAUCCCAACAGGAACUGGGAUGCUGGAUUCGGAGGACCCGGCUCCAGCAACGACCCCUGCUCUCAGAUCUACCGGGGGCCGAGGGCCCACUCCGAGUCAGAGGUCAAGUCUAUCGUGGACUUUGUGAAAUCCCACGGUAACAUCAAGGCCUUCAUCUCCAUCCACUCCUACUCUCAGAUGCUCCUGUACCCGUACGGCUACACCAGGACUCCGGUCCGGGACCGGGCGGAGCUGCACGGCCUGGCUCGGAGGGCCGUUGCCAAGCUGGCCUCAAAGCACGGGACCCAGUACCGGUUCGGCAGCAUCAUCAACACCAUCUACCAAGCCAGCGGGGGCAGCAUCGACUGGGCCUACGACCAGGGCGUCAAAUAUUCCUACACCUUCGAGCUGAGAGACACCGGUCGGCACGGCUUCCUCCUCCCCGCCGAUCAGAUCAUCCCCACCGCCGAGGAGACCUGGCACGCCCUGCUGGUCAUCAUGGACCACGCCUUCAGGAACCCGUACUGAGGCCACCACCGCCGAGAUUCACAGAAACUCCAGAUGUUGUCCAAAAAUUUAAAAAAGAAGGAAAAAAAUGUCAAACAGCAUGUAGAGUGAGCGCUCAAACAGAAACAACAUUAAAUGUUGAAAUUGAAAAUGUGGUUGUGUUCGAUUAAAGCAACAU